GGAAUUAACAGGGGAUGAACUACUUACGCUAAACACGCUGUCCCACCUUGUAUUUAGCUGUCACUCUGGGCAUGGCUACACAGCAGUAGAAAACCUGUGGCUGGCCAGGAAUUUAUACCAACUCCACUGCCGUACCCUGUGUUGGAAUAUUUAAAUAGCAUGCCUCAAAGAUAAUGAUAUCACCCAAAGGAAUAAAGGAAGUAGACAUUGGACUGGAGAAGGAGUCCUGACCUAAGAAGUUUGAUCAGUAAGACUGCUGAAAACAUGUGAUAUAUGCAUGCUGCUGUCCUGUGUGCACCUGAUUCGCCGACCUCUCCAGUGCAUCCAACCUUUGCUUGUCUUGCCUUCACGUUCCUUCAUGGAUCUAAAAGCUCUAGUUUCCUCCUUGAAUGACUUUGCUUCACUCUCUCUGGCUGAAAGCUGGGACAAUGUAGGAUUACUGGUAGAACCGAGCCCACCCCAUACUGUGAGCACACUCUUCCUAACUAAUGACCUUACAGAGGAAGUAAUGCAGGAGGCAUUGCAGAAGAAGGCAGAUCUUAUCCUCUCUUACCACCCACCCAUAUUCCGAGCACUCAAGCGCAUAACAUGGAAAACCUGGAAAGAGCGUCUUGUGAUCCGGGCUUUGGAACACAGAGUUGGCAUUUACUCGCCACACACAGCAUAUGAUGCCAUACCUCAUGGAGUCAAUAACUGGCUAGCCAAAGGACUUGGUGUCUGUACCACUGUCCCACUACACCCAUCAAUGGCUCCCAGCUACCCAACUGAGGGCACUCACCGAGUGGAAUUCAGUGUGGACCAUAUUGAGCACCUGGAGACAAUCCUAUCCAGCAUGCGAGGGAUCCCAGAGAUUUCAUCUCUCAUUACUCUCCCUGUCAGGGCUGAAGGUGAGGAGCAGACACGAGUCAGUUUGAACUGCACCCAGAAGGCACUACUGGAGGUGGUGGCAUUAUUGUCACGGAACAGCCUCCUUUAUCACAAGACUGAAAUAAUGUUAUUACAGAAGCCUCUGCUUCCACAUACUGGAAUGGGACGCCUAUGCACGCUGAGCGAGCCAGUCUCCCUGUCAGCCUUGACUGAACGAAUCAAAAGCCACCUACGGCUGCCUUACAUACGCCUGGCCCUGGGAACGGGGAAGACAUUAGAAGCCAAAGUGAAAGUGGCUGCUGUGUGUGCUGGUUCUGGGAGCAGUGUCCUGCAGGGUGUGGAAGCCGACCUCUAUCUCACUGGAGAGAUGUCCCACCAUGAAGUACUGGAUGCUGUUGCCAAAGGGAUAAGUGUGAUUCUAUGUGAGCACAGUAACACUGAGCGAGGCUUUCUGUCAGAGUUGCGAGAUAUGCUGGCUACACACUUAGAGAAUAAGAUCACCAUCAUUGUGUCAGAGAGAGACAGAGACCCUCUUCAGAUGGUAUAGAAGAAAGCAAGGGUCACAGCAUGGAGUCCAGAGUUUGUGUCCCACACAGACUUAAUGCAAUUGUAAAUUUGAUUAAGAUGCUCUGAACUGGUACAGUCCAGAAUAACUGUACAAUACAUUCCCCAAAGUGUGGGAGAGGUAAAAUAUCUGUCAGGUAAAGAAUAAUGUUAAUUUUGGGCUGACAAACUAUUUCCUGAAGAUUACUUCUUGCUGCACUCAGUAGGGAUGGGAUCAUGAGACUGUAACUGAGUAAUCCAGCAAGAAUAAUAUAGGCUUGAUGUCAUCAAUCUAUGUAGCUUGGUUUCAUAGCCCCACCAGUACUAGAAUAUGUCCCUAAUCAUCAGUACAAGUGACUUACAUUUUAGGGGGUGGAACUCCUGUUAACAUUUCAUUAACUAUUUACAGAUCGUUGACUCUAAAUACUGCUAAUACACAGCAAAACUGUAUAAAAAAUGUGGAACAAGAUUUUGGCAUUUGGUACUAUGUAAUCCUUGAUGUUGCAUUAAGGUUCUUCUAUGCACAAGAAUUGGGAAAUUCCAACUUGUUUCCUUAACCUCAUUAUACAUAAGUAUCAGUUUUAAUUGGUCUCAUCUUUAUAAAGCAGAUUUCUUUACCUGUGCUACUAACACUGCAGGAUUACCUACAUUGAAGUAAUGUCUGUUUUUCAACAUAAACGUUGAACACUUACUUUAUAGUUCAGUAAAGCUUUGAAAAUGAAAGGAAACUGUUCAGGUUUCACAUGUUUGGACUAUAGACAAGCAGAGAGAUAUUGAUAUUCAAACUAAAAAUGUUUCCAAGACUUUAAAUUAAAAUGGACAUCCUUGUUUAGUGCAUGUAAGAGACUGAACUUAGUAAAAAUAAUCCUCUCUCCUCUGUUGGAGUUAAAGUUGUUUGAGAGAGUAAGGAAUUGGAUCAGGAAGCAGGCGGGAGCACAGGAGAAAUAUAGUUGUGUGCGUUUUGGAGGUGCGUAAUGAUUUAUAGAUCUUCAAGCCAGGAUCAAUAGAUACCACCUGAGUAGAAGACUGUAUUCCUAAGCACUAAGAAAUGGAGUGUUUGGAGGUUUUUUUUUUAAAUCAAUACAUGUAGGUUCUGGUUGCAUGCUGGUUUGAGCCUUUACCAGGGAGUUGCUUCAUGUUUUGAAGCUUAUCUCAGCAACCAUGAAGGCUAAACACCUUU